CGGGUCAACCCGCGAGUUGACAACCUUGGUAAAGAGUGAAGACCGUCAGAGAACUGAACUUCAAUCGAUAACCCAGGCUAAGAAGCCGGCAUUGCAACUAAACAUCACAGCACUAGUAGUACGCAUUUGCAGUCCCUUCCAUGAGCUUGAAAUCCGGUUUAGCAAGCUUCUUCCUCCUCCAAUUCGGAAGUCUUUCUUCUUCGACUUCGACAUCGACCGCCGUUCGUCGUUGUAAUUUCGGUCAUCUUCGUCCAGUUCCUCCCAGUAAACGCGCGUUUACCUGCUUGGCAACUUCUUCACCACAAUCAGCCGAAAAGUCCGACGGAGAGCUGUUAGUGGUGGUUGGUGGCGGAGCAGCUGGAGUGUAUGGAGCCAUUAGAGCUAAGUCCUUGGCGCCUCAUCUUAAUGUUCUAGUUGUGGAGAAAGGAAAGCUUCUAUCCAAGGUGAAAAUAUCUGGAGGAGGAAGAUGCAACGUCACGAACGGGCAUUGUCCAGACACCAAGAUUUUGGCCGAACAUUAUCCUAGAGGCCAUAGAGAGCUAAGAGGGUCUUUCUUCAACACUCAUGGCCCAGGAGACACCAUGUCGUGGUUUACAGAUCAUGGGGUGGCACUGAAGAUUGAGGAAGAUGGCAGAGUGUUUCCUAUCACCAACAAUUCAUCCUCAAUAGUUGAUUGUCUUCUGUCUGAGGCAAGAGAAAGGGGAGUGCUUGUAUCAGUUUGUCUACAGACAGGAAAAACUGUUACUAGUGUAUCUGCUGGAGUCCAAGGAAAGUUUAUUCUGAAGGUUGAAAAACGUAGUGUUGAGUUCCUUGAAUAUUUAGAAGCUGACUAUUUACUGAUUGCAAGUGGCGGUAGCCGUCAGGGUUAUGAUCUUGCAGUUCAGCUUGGUCAUUCAAUCGUAGAUGGAGUCCCAAGCUUAUUUACUUUCAAGAUUAAGGAUCCACUACUGUCAGAGUUGUCAGGGCUAGGCCCAAUGCUGGUUACACACUGGGGACUCAGUGGUCCUGUAAUUCUUCGACUUUCUGCAUGGGGGGCUCGGGAUCUGUUCAGAGCAGGCUACAAAGCGCUGCUUAUGGUGGAUUUUGUACCUGAUCUGCACAUUGAGGAUAUGAAGUCUAUCCUUAGUCAACAAAAGCAGAAAUUUGCGAAACAAAAAGUGCUUAAUUCCUGCCCAUCAGAAUUCGGGAUUGUGAAGAGAUUUUGGAAAUAUAUGCUCGAUCGUGAGGGUCUGAAUUGUGAUACCUUGUGGGCAUCCGUAUCAAAUAAUUCCUUAAAUUCUGUAGCAUAUCUGUUGAAGCAUUGCACAUUUGAAGUAGUAGGAAAGGGUCAGUACAAGGACGAAUUUGUCACUGCUGGAGGUGUUCCCUUAUCCGAGAUUUCUUUGAAGACAAUGGAAAGCAAGAUACGCCCAAAUCUCUUCUUUGCUGGAGAGGUAUUGAAUGUCGACGGGGUGACUGGUGGUUUUAACUUUCAGAAUGCAUGGUCCGGUGGCUACAUUGCCGGAACAACCAUCGGUGAACUGGCAGCUAAAGCAGUUUGCUGAGCCCCUACAACAUGGCUUGGGAGAGUUGUAGGUGUUGAUGUCAUUGGACAAGGGAACAUGUCUCCUGCUAUUACAUGAGUGAUUAGUCCAUAGGUUCCCUUGUCCUUCAAAAAUCAAAGGAUUUAUUUACCAAUUUCUCAUUGUAAUAUACUUUACAUGUCUUAAGUUCUCUUAUUUCGUAGUAACUUUGAAUGUUCGCAUUAGGAUUUUUAUUUUAAACAGAAAAAACUUUGUAAUCCAGUCAAACGAGAUUAUCAGUGCCCUUGUUUGAUCGGUGUAAUAUGAUUGACUAACCAC